GUCUUCUCACCGCCAAAAGCCUCAUGGGGUGAUGGGCAGCGAGCCACACCCUGUUCAUUGGCCAAGACUCUCAAGACCCCGCUUGGCCGACUUACCUCGAUGCCGUUAUGAUAAACCACCCAGGCUCCUGCCACCGGAUACACAAUCUGCACUCCUUCAUGCUUUCGCCGAGUUGAAACGACCGUCAACAAUCAGUUAACGGCCUGAGAAGCCAAAGCCAAAGGAGAUUCAAGGCUCGAGUUCCUCCAAAAGCUCCUUCGUCAUGUCGUCCCUCAAGAAGUCGGGCUCACCAGUUGCGAUCCCUUAUGAUGAGCAGCCAGAUCCAGUACCACCAGAGAAACCUGCCAUGUCCGCUUCACCACCUCGCAUACUCAUUAUCGGUGCUGGUUCUCGCGGUCAGGCCUACGCUCGUGCGACCGAGACCUCCUGCAACGGUAUCGUUACGGCGGUAGCUGAACCCAUCGCCUACAAGCGGCAGACCUUUGGCCGAACCUACAUUUGGGGUUCGGACAAUCCACAGGAAGGACAACAGUUUUCCGACUGGACCGAGUUUAUUGCCUACGAAACACGCCGUCGCGAGCGAGAGGCCGCCGGUGAAGAUGUGCCGCCUGGCGUCGAUGCCGCUUUCAUAUGUGUUCUUGACGAAAUGCACCGCGAUGUCGUCGUCGGUCUUGCCCCCCUGGGCCUACAUGUCAUGUGCGAGAAGCCUCUGGCGACAUCCCUCGCCGAUUGUCUCGACAUAUUCGAUGCUCUCAAGCCACCUGCCGGCCAAGAGCCUACGAACGUCUUCUCGAUUGGUCAUGUUCUUCGUUACAGCCCUCACAAUAUGCUUCUUCGCAAACUCCUUCUCGAGGGCCGUGUCAUUGGUGAUAUUAUCAAAAUCGUGCAUACUGAACCAGUGGGCUGGUGGCACUUCACACACUCUUAUGUGCGCGGCAACUGGCGAAAUGAGAAAACGACAGCACCGAGCCUUCUGACCAAGAGCUGUCAUGACAUUGAUCUGCUUCUCUGGCUUCUCAGUGCUCCUGUCAAAGCCGGAAAGGGUAUCCCCCAUCUUCCAUCCACCGUAUCGUCUACUGGUUCCCUGCAACUAUUCAGGAAAGGCCGAAAACCCGCCGCGGCAGGGAACGCAACGAACUGUUUGACUUGUCCGCUGGGUGAGGAAGGAUGCAAGUACUCGGCUAAGAAUGUUUACCUUGGUUCAGAUCUUAACGGCCUCGGUUCUGGGAAUACCGAUUGGCCGGUCAGUAUCGUGCUUCCGGAGAUUGAGGAUUUCCCUACGACACCUGAACGAAACAAAGCCCUGGCUGCCAAGCUUGCCGACGACUACGAUGAGACCACCCCCAAGGACGUAGUAGCUUCGCGAAACUGGUUCGGGCGCUGUGUAUUUGAAGCGGAUAACAACGUUUGCGACGAUCAGACUGUGACCAUCACCUGGGACGAUGCCAUCACAGCAGAUUCGGAAGCCCCCAAGCAGGCCAAAUCUGCAACGCUACACAUGGUCGCGCACACAAAGAAGAUAUGCGAGAGGUAUACGCACAUAUACGGCGUCGAUGGCGAAGUAUACGCCGACGCUCGUACAAUCACCAUUGAUGACUUCAAUACGGGCGCCACUCAAUCAUAUCAUCCAACCAUCGAGGAUGCCGGCCACGGGGGUGGCGAUAAGGGCCUCGCGCGGCAGUUUAUCCUGGCGGUUGAUCGGGUCAAGAACCACGGCUGGACUGCAGAGAGGGCUCAAAACGAAUUCAUCGGUUGUUCUCUCGAAGAAGUCAUUCGGUCGCACGCCAUGGUGUUUGCAGCAGAAGAGGCCAGAACGGCGAAGAAGGUUGUUGGCUGGGAGGAAUGGUGGUCAAGAAAUGUUACCAACAGAGGCAGCGGGUGAGAACAGCAAACACAUUGUCAGGUCACCACAUCAUCCAGUGACGGGAGGAGUGUCCCAAGCUGCAACAUUCUUAGUUGUCGUCUCAAUCAAAAGAAUUGAGCUCCAAGAGGCUAAGCUGUGAGGCACAGCAAGUUCGAUGGACGAGGCCCCCUUCGCUCGCUCAGACAACCACGUCGAGGGAUACCAUCGUUGAUAUCUUCUUAUCAGCCCGGGACUCGGUCCCGGCGGCACCCUCCCGAGGUUGCUAUAUUCAUGGCCUUCAACCAGCCUUGUUAUCAACUUCACAUCUUACCGAAGAAAGAACGAGCUAGCGGGCGAGGAUAGCC